AACAGCCUCUGAGACUUCCGGGGCUAAGGGACGUCGCGAGCGUUUUUUCCUACGUCAGCAGGCGGCCGGGGCUGGAGGCUCGAAAGCCGAGGCAGUGACGAUUGCUAGGCGGAGAUAGUCCAGUGAAGCCAGACCUAGGCAAGGCUCCGGACUGGCGGGAGGUAGCCAGCGGAAAAAGGGAUCUCUGCUCCACUACUACAACCAAGCCAGAUGCCUUCUUCCACUUCACCAGACCAAGGAGAUGGCCUGGAACCUGGUGUUUUAAGAUUUGCAGACCUGGAUUUAAAAGACACAACUUAUAUCAAUCCCAGUAGCAGCCUCAAAGCAGAGUUAGAUGGCAAUACAAAGAAGAAAUACUCAUUUGCAAAGAAAAAGGCGUUUGCCCUUUUCAUCAAAACCAAGGAAGUUCCAGCACCUCCUGUUGGGUAUAAAGGAAAAUGGUGGAAAUGCUGUGAGCAGCUAUUCAAGGAUCAGGCCGUCUUCCAUAGGCAUGUGGCAACACAACAUGCUGAUGAAGUUUGUCGCCAGACUGCUUCCAUUUUAAAGCAGCUGGCUGUGACAGGAAGCCGCUCAAAGAGUCUUACAUCCACAGACCCAAAGAACCUUCCUGAAGAGUCCUUCUCUCAUAACCACAAAGUGUCUGCUUGGCUCCCUGACAUAAGCUGCUUUCACCCUGAUGAACUGAGAAGUGGCGAAGGGGAGGUGCUGCUGUUUUACUGCUACUGCGACCUGGAGGAUCCCCAGGGGCUCUGCUCCUGGCAGAUGGCUCUGUGCCAGUGGCUACACCUCACAGGCAAGGUUCGAAUCGCUACAGAAGGAAUCAACGGGACAGUUGGUGGAAGCAGAUUGGCCACCAGACUCUAUGUGGAAGCCAUGCUUUCCUGCCCCUUAUUUAAGGAUUAUUUGUGUAAGGAUGAUUUUAAGACCAGCAGAGGCGGCGCCCACUGUUUCCCAGAGUUGCGAGUUGGUGUGUAUGAAGAAAUUGUGCCCCUGGGGAUCAGCCCGAGCCAGCUCUCCUACAAGAAGCCUGGCAUCCAUUUAUCCCCAGGUGAAUUUCAUAAAGAAGUAGAAAGGUUUUUAUCUCAAGCCAAUCAAGAACAAAGCGACACUGUCCUGCUGGACUGCAGAAACUUCUAUGAAAGCAAAAUAGGACGAUUCCAGGGCUGUUUGGCCCCAGACAUCAGGAAGUUCAGUUACUUCCCAAGCUACAUUGACACAAAUCUGGAGCUUUUCCGAGAGAAGAGGGUGCUGAUGUACUGCACUGGGGGCAUCCGCUGUGAGCGGGGCUCUGCCUACCUCAAAGCCAAGGGAGUGUGCAAAGAAGUAUUCCAGCUCAAGGGUGGCAUCCACAAGUACCUGGAAGCAUUUCCUGACGGUUUUUACAAAGGGAAGUUGUUUGUUUUUGACGAGCGCUAUGCCCUUGCCUACAACAGUGACAUAGUGUCAGUGGUCUUGUAUUUGGGUCUCGUACUGGAAGUUACUUCAGAUCUGCUUUGGAGAGUGUUCAUACUGUGGCACCCAGUGGGACCAGUACAAGCUCUGCUCGACUCCCCAGUGCCGCCAGCUCGUCUUGACCUGCCCUGCGUGCCAAGGCCAGGGCUUCACCGCCUGCUGUGCCACAUGUCAGGACAAAGGGAGCAGGCCGGCUUCCAGCCCCGGCCAGCAUGGCUUUAAAGAGGAGUGCGCCUGCACGGCCCAGCGGCCGCAGGUGCCCAGCGAGCGCCUGCAGCGGAGCAACCCAGGGUGGGAGCCCGACACUGGUGUGUGAGUGGCACCUGCAGCACUCGCCCCAGCCCUCACCAUGCGGGGUCAGGGCGACUGAGAGGCUGUUGAGGCAGCAGGAGCAGAGAAACGGGGAGCUUCGGUGCUGGCUGGUGCCACAACAGACUGCUCACCUGUUGGACUUGCACUUCACAGGGGGCGGGCAGGGGUCAAGUGCCAACAGUCCUGCUCAGGAGAUGCUAGAGCCCCGGACAAAGGGGACCAUGUGGGAUCCCAUGGCUGCUGAGGGAUGGAGCCUCGAGCCUGGUGCCAGGGCACGCCCUUUCUCUCCUGUGUGGCUGUUCGGGCUGUUGCUCUCAUCAGCAAACCUGUCCUGACAGCCCAGUGGGCAGGUGGGGGCCCAAGGAGGGGCUCAUCUGAGCCAGGCCACCGAGGUCAUCUGCCCCAUCCCUGCCUCCCUCUCUUUGACAGCCUGAGACCAUCUAGGCCAGGGGCCUGCACACCAUGGCAUUUGGCCUACUUCUAGUUUUUGUAAAUAAAAUUUUAUUGGAACACAGCCACACCCAUCCUUUACAUAUGCUCUGUGGCUGCUUUUGUGCUACAAUGGCAGUAUUGGGUAGUUGUGACUGAAACCACAUUGCCUGUGAAGCCUAAAAUAUUUACUACCUGGCCCUUCCUGGAGAAAGUCUGCCAGCGCCAGUCCAGACCAGCAGCUCCUCUGGGGAAGCAGGUAGCCUUAAAGAGGCAUAAUUUACCAGCAUGGAGGCCGUUUGGGUUGCUUACGAAGCGAUGAGACAGGCAGUUGAAAUCUACGCUCCGCCAGGCUCAUGCUGCAGCCGUGGGGGGCCAGGAUUUCGUUGAACUGGGGUUUGGCCCCAGCCCUGCUUGGACAUCUUUUCGCCCACCAUGCGAUGCAGGUUUUCACGUCCUUCACGAGGCUGGCAUUUGAUACGGAAAAACCCCGUCCAACUCCAGCGUUGAAUUGUAAACCUCAGAUGUUCACAGAGAACACUCGGAAACGUUUCCUGCUUGGGAUUAGGAAGGAAAGAACCCUGGCGUUUUGCCAUUGCCUUUUUCUGUCAUUUCCUUACAUCCAGCAAAAGGAAUCGCGUGUUCUUCGAUUCCCGGCAGAGCUCCGUGGCUCCUGGCUGGCUGUCUGUCUUGAGGGGAAAAACUGGGUUCCCGAUCCAGUAAGCAGUUUGGCCCCUUUAAUCUUGAAUUUAUGAAGAUUAAAGAAGGGUUAAUAAAGAAUGAUUAUCUGCUCUG